UGCAAGAGAAGGUCGAGGGACCACAAUGAUCAGAAGACUGCUCUCUUUGAUUCUUCUAAGCACAGUGUCUCUGAUAGAAAUGAAUGAGGUUCCUCACCAGAUCUCUUUGAAUGAGGCUAAAAUUGGAGAUGAUAUAAAUCUGACCUGUACAAUUUUGAGUGAUGAUGCAGGGUUGUCUUACUGGUAUAAGCUGAACUUUGGAUAUAUGCUUGAAACAGUUGCUAAAGGAGCUUUUGGCAAACUAACACUUAAGGGACAGUUUGACAACUCAAGAUUCAGUGCCACAAAAGUAGGUAAUGUGCAUUCUCUUACCAUAAGAAAUAUAAGUAAAGAAGAUGAAGCAACAUAUCUCUGUCAAGCAGGAUCGGCAUACGAAAUGGAAUUCAUCACUGGCACAGUUUUGUCAGUGAAAGAUCCUAAAACUCAGCAGAAAUCUGUCACUGUGAAACAAACUCCAAACGUUGAGUUGGUCCAUCUGAAUGACACAAUGACUCUGCAGUGUUCACUCCUCGCCAAGAACAACAAAAAUGACACAGUUGAGUGUCCAGGUGAAGACAAAGUGCACUGGUUUAAAGGUGCAUCAGAAUCCCAUCCAGGCAUCGUUUAUCAUGGCAGUAUCAGAGAGAGAGAGGAAGGGAGAUGUGAAUACACGGUGUCCAAAAAUAAAACUACCUCAUCUGAUGCUGGGACGUACUACUGUGCUGUGGUCACAUGUGGAGAGAUCCUGUUUGGUGAAGGAACUAAAGUGGAGAUAAAGGGGUUCCCGGUCGUUGCUGUGCUUGUGACACUGCUGAUCUGCUCUGUGCUCGUGAACUUUGCUCUGAUUCUUACCAGAAAGCAAAAACCAGCUUGUGAACAUUGCAAAGCACAGGUUACAGCCUCCAAUCAGUCUCCAAUCAAUCAACCAGAGAGAUCAGCUACAGAACAACUGAGUAAUGUGGAGCGUGAAGAAGCAGCAGUAAACUAUGUGGUGCUGGAUUUCCCUACAAGAAAACCUAAAAGAUGGAAGAAUAAGAGAGAGUUACUGGAUGAGCACAUGCACUAUGGCGAGAGACUACCAGUAAAUAAAAGCACCUUGAGGUGACUGUUGUUGUGAUGUUGCUAUAUAAAUCAAGCUGAAUUGAAUUAAAAAUCUCUCUCAUGAAGACUGAAUAUUUAAAAUGGACACUGAUGUGAUUGAAGAGAAAAUGUAUUGUAAGGACACAUUUUUUUGCAUUAGGUUAUUGUUAGUAGCACUGCAACAUAGAUUGUUGGCUAUUUAAAUCAAAAAUACACAUUUAUUAUGUUACUGUUAUGUAUUUUAUAUUAUAUACUGUCAGACUGAUUAAUAUUAAUAUUGAUUAACUACUCAAGCUAAAAUAAAUUUCAAUAAUAAUUUACUGUCAGGAAAGAGAGAAUAUUUUAUUCCUCUUUAUGUUUUGUUAGACACUUUAUGUGUGCACAUGUUUGCUCAGGAUAAUCAGGGCAUUGUUUUUUAUUAUUGUUUUUAAUUAUUUCAGAUUCAGAGGGCAUGCUUUAGAGUAACCCCAAAACUUAGCUAGAUGGUGUAAAUUGUAAAGAGUUGUAGGGUUACUGUGAUGGUGAUAAAGGCUAUAUACUCUGGGGCCCAUUUUUGUUUUCCUGGUUUUAAAUGACCAGACCUAGAUUUUGAGAGUGAUUAUGAGAUGAUAUUAAAUUUAAGUUUAAAGUAACCUCAAUGGAAAUUGCAGCUUCAUUGCAACAUGGGAAACAUGGUAACUUAUUAAGAUACUGUGCUUAGCUUAAGUGCUACAAAGAAAUUUGUUUCAAAACACAAGCAACAUUCAGAUUCUGCAGACUGAUGAUUGCAGUUUUUAAUUAACAGUUUUAAUUAAUGAUGUAAUUUUUUUCAGACUCUGAAAUGAUUUCAUAGAUAGCUUUGUUAAAUUGUAUUCGGUGCAUGUUUAUUGCAAGGCUAGCCAAUUGAUAACAGUGCACAAAGAUAUGCAUUUUAUCAAAAUGUUUAUGGUCUUUUAACUUCUUACUUUUAUUCUUUUUACACUUAGCUUAUCUGCUCUCUGUAAUAGCUUGCAAUGCAAUUAUAAUGCAGUCAAUCAGUUGAAUUGAAUAACAGGUGAAUUCCAUACACUUG